AUGGGAACGUUCGUGACCCUGGCAGAAGUGUUGGAGGCCCGGGGUUCACCACUGGAUGAGGAUGAGGUUUGGUGUCUGCUGCUCGCCACCGCUGAGGCCUUAAUGGACAUCUCCAAAAAAAGUUCAGGCAACAUGUGCAGUGUGCUGAGCCCCGGCUCGGUGCUACUGUCAGCCAACGGGAGUCUGGCCUUCAAGAGCUGUGCACGUUACGAAGACGUGGCCACCUUCACGGCUCCUGAGGUGCAGCAGGCUCAUGCUGCCUGCACCAGGACUGCAGCUGAAAAGAUGGUUGUGUACUCACUGGGGAUGACUCUUUACUGGUGUGUUGAUUAUCAUCUACCUCAGAAUCAGCCGGUCCAUUUGAGUUCUGCGCUGGAGAGUUUGCUUCUUAGCAUGUGUGAGGACGUGGUGGUGAGAAGGACAGACCUCCUGACGGUGCUGGAGACCUGUCAGCUUCACCACAAGGCCGCGAUGCUGCCUCCUGUCGAACGUCUCGUGAGGCAUCUGGUUGAAGAUGUCUACAGAAACUCAGUUGAUCAUGUGUCAAUGGCUGAAAAUGGAUCCCAGCUAACAGACCGCAGUCAGAUGGUCAGGGACAGAUUACACAGGGGCUCUUUUAGUAACUCCACAUGGGCACUGAAGAAGAAGAUUUCUAGAACCUUCUCAGGAGCAUCUUAUCCAUCUGAGACCGCAGGGAUCCCCUCCGGAGGUCGACACAGAGAGAGUUAUGGCAGCUGGCAGCAGCUGAGCCGCAGCCCCUGCAGUCCGUACAUGGAUGGUAAUCGAAACGCCAACUCAAGAUCCCAGUUUGAGUCCACAAUGAGUCUGAAUGACAAGAAAGCCAAGGACAUGGGCCCUGAGUUUAUUAGAAUGUCAGAUGAGCCGCUCGUUGUCUUGGAGCUGCCUGGAUCCAUCGUGUCAAAGAAAGGGAAAUCUCCAACCACCCAGAGAGAGCUGAGUGUGGUGAUGCCAAACGGUCAGAGCAUCCUGGUCAAAUGUGAGGUGAAAUCCAGAGGAGGAGAUGUCUUUGACAUGAUUGUGGCUCACUCCAACCUGAUGGAACAUUUCUACUUUGGCCUUGCUUACAUUGACGAUAAUGAGUUUUUCUUUGUGGACAACGACACCAAGAUUUCCAAGGUUGCUCCAGAUAGCUGGAAGAAAGUGCCUACAGCCACCUUUGUCCUUUUCUUCAGGGUCAAAUUCUUUGUCAAUGACAUUUCUCUUCUUUUGCACAAACAGACCCGACAUCAGUAUUACCUCCAGCUCAGGAGAGACCUUUUGGAGGACAGGCUAUCCUGCCAUGAGGAGACAGCUCUGUACCUGGGAGCUCUGGCCCUGCAGACGGAAUAUGGAGACUGCAUGCCUGAGGUGUAUGGUAGGAACUACUACCGGCCUGACCAGUAUGUCUCCAAGAGUGUGAUGGAGAAACGUGCCUUGCCUUACAUUCAGGGGGAGCUGCUACGACUUCACACCAACAACGCUCAGAUGCUCACUGACGAAUCAGAACUCGAGUUCCUCAAGGUGUGUCAGCAGUUGCCUGAAUAUGGUGUGUUGUUCCACCGUGUGAUGCGUGAGAAAAAGCCCUUAGAAGGAGAGAUUAUCCUCGGGGUUUGUGCCAAAGGAGUCAUCGUCUAUGAGGUUAAAGACGGCUGCAGAUCAACCAGUCAGAGCUUCUACUGGAGGGAGACCGCAACCAUCUCCUCUAAUAGGCGUAAAUUUGUAGUUGAGAGCCGAGGCGGCAAGAAGAAGCACACCUUCAUCACAGAAAGGUCGAAGAUCGCCAAGUACCUGUGCAACCUGUGUUCAGCCCAGCACAAGUUCAACAACGAGAUGAACUCUCGCCAGCUCAGCCACAGCCUGGUCUCAGAGGCGAACAUCGUGCAGUAUUCAGCGGUGUGCCGCGCUCACAGCAGCCGCCGGAAGUCCCUCUCCUGUUCGGAGACGCCACAGGAUGACAGCGGCCUGACCACGCCUCAGGAUGAGCCCAUGGGCAAGCUGUGUGACGACGUCACCGCCAGGAUUGAGGCUCGCGUUAAACAGCAGCGACAGAGCCUCAAUGAGCAGAGUACCUGCUCCAGCAGUCAGCGCAGCAGCACCGGCAUGCGUUCCCCUGCAUUCUCUCAGAGGAGCGGAUCUGAAGCCCCCUCUGGUUCUCCAGCAGCAAGAAGGUCGUCGUCAGAGAGAGAAGUCAUAUGUGUUUCCCUAAAAAAAGACCCAAAGCUUGGCCUCGGUAUAGUAAUAGUGGGAGAGGACACUGUGGGCCGGUAUGACUUGGGCAUCUUUGUUGCCUCCAUUGUGCCUGGCGGACCGGCUGAUAAGGAUGGACGCAUCAGACCAGGUAGUCGUCUGAUCUCUCUGAACCACAUCAGCCUGGAGGGCGUCACCUUCAACGAGGCGGCAGAGGUCAUGCAGAACAGCCCCGAGGAGGUGCAGCUCAUUAUCUCACAGCCAAAAGUCACCAUCAGUCCCAACAGUGUGCGCUCUCCAGUGUUGAGGAAUUAUGAAUCCCAGACCAACCUGAUGACAGACGGCCGAUCGGGAGAUGACAGCCUGGAGGAGAUCGUGUCGGUCAUGACGACACCGAAGGCCAGCAACAGGCUGCACGUGCCCUGUGACGUACGGGUCCUCAGUGCACAGCAGGACGGCUGCUCUCUGUCCCCGUCUCUAAACUGCGAGAGGCCGGAGGAGAUCACCGUGGAGCUCAGGAAGAUAGCAGGAAGUCUGGGCAUCAGUAUCUCAUGUGAGUGCAGCUGAUAAUUCUGUGGUGGCGUCAACACCAACCUUCCUAAUGGAGGAAUCUACAUCAAGAGCCUCGUUCCAGGAGGAGCUGCAGAGAGAGACGGACGUGUACAUACAGGUGACAGACUGUUGGAGGUGGAUGGGAUUAGCUUCCAGGGCUUCACCUACCAGCAGGCUGUGGAGUGUCUGAGUAAAACUGGAGAGGUGGUAGCCUUUGUUCUGGAGAGGGAGCCGAUGAACCUGCCCAGGGUCUCUCUCAGUGCAGAGAACAGCAGCAGCGUGUCCAAUCAGAGCCUCAGUCCGCCGGUCAGCCAGAGACUCAACAGCUGCUCGUCCACCAGCACCCCUCCAAACACCAUCACUGACCGUCCCAGGGACUACAGCUUUGUCACUGACGACAACACCCAGGAGGUGACCCUGACCAAGAACGCCAACGGACUUGGCUUCAGCUUCCUAAUGUGUGAGCUGGAUCCGCCCACUCGGGACUUUGGCAGCCUGGUCCGGAUAAAGCAGCUUUUCCCCGGUCAGCCGGCUCAGCAGAGUGGCAGGAUCCAGGAGGGGGACGUCCUGCUGGCCAUCAACGGCCAGUCGCUCAAGGAGCUGUCCUAUCCAAAGGUGCUAAAGCUGUUUAAGACUUCACCACCUGAGGUUCGACUGACUCUCUAUCGACCUGCCCCCGGGGUCCUUCCCUCCAUCGAUCAGCUCACCGGCACAUGAGUGACGCCGCAGUGUUGGACCAAUGGAAACAUGGCUGAUAAGGCUGUUCUGAUCAGUGGACAGAAGCAUUGAUCUAAUCUUAUCAAUCAACACUAACACUGCAGUGAGGUAUCCUGACAAAACCAAUCAGAGAGGUUGGAAUUGCAGUAGUUUGUGAAGCCCUGUGGAUUUGUGCAGAGGAUUAGUGGAUAUAAAGGAAUGGAAAAAAAGACAUCUGGAUGAAGGCAGAAAUGAUUUGUGAAACUUACUUUUUGCAGAACAUGACCAAACGCACUUGAGUUUACCAAAU